AUGGAGGAAGCAGACGAGUUCAUCAAAGAAGCAUGCAAACAUGUUGAAUGGUGAUUUCCGGAGAUUUUCUUCAAAAAAUAAUGCCAAUUUGCAGUUCGUUUGCCGAUGACGAUGAAAUCGAGUUUAGCACGCCUCAGAUUUUUGAGUUUUUAGUCAGGUAACCGCAGAAUGUAACCAAAAUCAAUGAAAAAAAAAAACUGGCGUUCAGAUGUAUUUGGAAAAUUGAUAGCAGUAGCAAACAGACGAUGCCAUCAUAUGUUUACCCAAAAGAGAUCACAGCACGGCUGCAUCUUGCAAAUGCAAUUUCCACUCAUCUACAGGUACAUAACACAAACCAUCUUCUUCCGUUACAACUAUUGUUUCCAGAAGUUUCACAUUCGCGGGGACACCGCCCUCCACACAGUCCUUUAUGGCAACAUUAACAACCUACGCAGUGCAUUCAUCGAGUUGAUAAGGAAAUUACCGACCGAAACGCAAGAGAAUGUUGAUAAAGGUAAUUGAACUUAGUUGUCGAUAGUCGAAAACCACGAUGGAAUUCAGAUCGAAGCCACAAUUUCUUCGUGAAAACAGUCGGAAUAUUGAAAGCGCAGCCAGCGUGGGUGCCUGCCUACUGCCGUGGACUUGGCAAGAAGCAACAAUGGAUUCCCUCCGACGUCAGUCAUCAUCUACAAGUUUCCGUGGAUAAUCUUCUUUUUCAGAAUUCUGCAGAACGUUAUCCCCUGUCGAUGCUCGAUUGUUUUCCGUCUGAACGCGACUCUCGUCAGUGGAUUGCGCAGUACAUCAACUCGCAUGACACGGGAUCGGCACCUAUGAACAUCCCCAUGAAAUCAAAGCCGGCUCUUCCACCAAAGCCUACAUUUGUCACAAGAAAAGAGGAUACUGUGCAGGAAACGGCGGGGCAACAGAGCAAAGAGACCGCCGUUAUCGAAGUCGAUGAAUCGGCAGGCUUGCAGUUGGAGUACGAUGCUAAACUGAAGGAGUACCGAGAGGUGAGUAAUACGCAAGGCUGUGCAAAAGGCCAAUCCACUCUUUUCGAGGACUUCUGACACACUUACAAUAUUCCGAUUGGACCCCUACAGGUUUUCAAAUCUUAGAUUGAAGUAAUUGGGGUCAAAGUUUUAGACCAAUCCGAUUAUCUGUUCCCGAUAUGUCUGAAUAAGAUGCCAAAACAGCACAAGUUUACGCAAAAACCUAGCGUUUUCGGUCUCAAACGAGUAUAUCUCCGGACCAGAUAACCCGACGAGUCUGAAACUCGGACCCAACAUACUGCAAUCCAAGUUAAGAAAACCUGCGAAGUGGGCUCCGAAAACCCUUGGGUCGGCAUUUUACUCAUCUAUGGUAAUAUUACUUGUUCAGCUACAAGCUAAACGUUGCAAAGUCGAGGAACAAAGCGCCGAGCUACGCAACAAACUUGCCCAGUUUGACCCGAUUCUCGUUGAAGCCAUGAAGGACCCUGAGGCAUAUGCGGAGAAGUUCUUGGUUUGUUUUCAAAAUGUGCAUAGUGCAGUAAAUUAAACUUUUUUAGCGAAAAAUAUCUGAACUGAACAAGCAGAUGGAAGAAGACACGUUGCAAAUGGAAGAGCGGAAGAAAGAAGCGGCGUUGAGAAAGUUGGAAGUGAUUUCUGCAAUGAGAAAGCGGGUGGGCUUUGAAAUUGUUUCGAAACUGAACAGCUUAUCAGUGUUCCAUUAUGUUCAGGGCGUUCAAAAGGAAGAAAUUGAAAGGAUAGAAGAGAUGAAAGCUGCUUUGGAGGAUAUCGAUGCCAAAACAGAGCACAACAUCGCUUUGGCAGAGAAACUUGUACGAUUUACAACUAAUUUAGCCAAUUCUGAAAGAGUUAUUUCAGAAGAAGAAAAUUGCUGAGGCACCUGAAAACAACUUCUACGACUAUGAGCAGAGAAGCAGAGAUCUGGACGAAAUGGUCCGGAAGCAAGAAAUUGAAAUGUUGAGGAUGCAGGAAGAACGGACGGCCCUCCGCAAGCAGCAGGAACGAGAGAACGAAGCGCUCAAUCGCUCGUUCGCCAUCAUUUACAACAUUUUGCUCCAGGUUUGAUCGCAAAACGCAGUCUUGAGUUUGACUAAACAAACAUUUUCAGCAUUGCGAAACUUAUCGCGGACGUUCGGCAAUGGAAUCUUUCACGAGAAUCCAUUUGUAUUGUCUGGAAAUAAUGGAGAUGCUGAGAGAGAAUGGAGCAUUGAAGCAAGCCGUAUCAAUCCUCGAAUCUGAGGUAAACAAAUACUGUUUCGCACAGUUUUCGAUAGGAAAUAUUCAGAUUUUCACCGAACAGCAGAAACGGUACGACAAGCAGUUCGAUCUGAUGAACAAGGAUUUCCAGGAGAUUUCCAGUUUGAACGAAGAACUGAUUGUUCGAAUCAGACUGCAAAAUCCGUCGUUCCAACCGCCACAGCUCUGA